CAAACAUUUCACCUUGGUCUGGUACAUAUUUCAUUGCCUUGGAAGGUACCAAGAUGAUCGUCAAGGAUAGAACUCUCUAUGUCAAGCUUUUAGAAGCAAAGCACCUCUAUCCUGAGAAAUCUCGUCACACGGGCACAUACUGCACUGUCGUUGUUGAGGGAGGAGAAGACCGCCGGACACCUACUGUCUAUCAUGAUCCCAGUCCAUUCUUUGGAGAAGAGCUUACAUUUGGAGAUCAGCUCCCAGCGGAGAUAUGGAGAAUCACACUCGGGGUCUGGCAGGACACUGGUCAUCAACCUGGUGGUUCAGGAGCCAAGACAACAGAUAAAUUGUUGGGAAAGGUUAUCUUUCCGCGGGAGCUUCUUGAGGAUGGGCGAUUUGAAGAAGAGCAGUGGUAUCGUCUUAUGCCGCCUGAUCUAGAUAAUACGAUCUACGGAGAAGUCCUCAUAGGAGUCCGAUAUGUUGCUGACGAUGCUGAUCGAAAGUCGAAUCGGUUAAUCGUCACUGUGCAUGAAGCUAGGAAUCUCAGCCCUGGACCUGGAGGAACCCGAGAUAGUCAUGUUAUAUGUCAUCUUCUUCCGGAUCCUGAAGCACAGACUACUGAAAAAACGCAAUGCAUCAAAGAUUCCCUUAACCCCGUUUUCCACGAGGAUCUCACCUUUCAAAUGAAAAGUCUCCAUCCCAACCAGGAGCUCCAUGUAUCCUUAUGGGAUACGAGAUCCGUCGACUCCUUCCUGGGGCAUCUGUCGAUUCCGCUGGGUGAUCUGGAUGUAGGGGACCACAUAGAGGCGCGAUGGAGAGGCCUCCUGCCACGACCAGCCUACUAUGCGAAGCACAAUCCACAAAAAGAAAAAAGGAGAUCAGAGUCCGAAAUUGCCCUCAGCAGAGCAAAACACUUUUUGCAAAGCAUGCAGUCAACUAUCAAAGAGUUCACCCGGCUCAAACGACCACACAAGCUCAUUGAGACGAAAUUUGGCUCAACCAUCUCAUUUUGUGGCCAUUGUGGACUGGCUUUAAUGUCACGUCGAACCCAUUAUCAGUGUUCCAACUGCAAGUUCAGCUGCCAUGGCCGGUGCUCCAGAUUCACGGCUAACGAUUGCGGGGAGGUCGGCGCUGUGCGACUGAAAAUCAAGUAUUCUGUCAGCACCAUAUUGCCGCUGGAGAAAUACCGGCCAUUCUUGGAUCUUUUAGCAGAGGAUCGAUACCGGGUGGCCCACCUUUUCGGAAAAGUCAGUAAGGACAGGGAGGAAGCUGCGUGGCCUUUCAUCAAGUUGAUGGAGGCGGAUCUGGCAACAAAGCCCUUUCUUUUUGCCAUAAUAUCGGCUGAAAUUGAAGACACUAAUGAUCCGAAUACUUUGUUCCGCGGCAACAGCAUGGCUUCGAAGGCCGUGGACGUAUAUAUGCGAUAUAUCGGAAGAGCAUAUUUGAAGAAUACUUUAGGAGAUAUCAUAAAGAGCAUCGUCAGCAAGAAGUUACAUUGCGAGCUCGACCCAAUGAAGGCUGAUAAGGCCGAUGAUUUGGAACGUAGUCGAAAGACGUUGAUGGAAUGGAAUCAAAAGAUCUUGAACGCGAUUUACGAUACUCGAUUCGCACUCCCGGCUCCAUUGCGGCCAAUAUUUGCGCACGUUCAGCAGCAAGUGAGAUGGAAGUUUCCCAAUGACCCAAUCGUGCGCUACACUUCGGUCAGCGGUUUCAUAUUUCUUCGGUUCUUUGCUCCGGCAAUUCUCGGUCCACGACUCUUCGAGCUGAUCGAUGAAUACAUCGACCCUAGGACGAGCAGAACUCUGACUCUUCUGGCUAAGACUUUGCAGAACUUGGCCAAUCUAGUGCCAUUCGGUGACAAAGAGCCGUAUAUGAAGGAUAUGAAUAUUUUCAUCGAGGAGAACAUCGACAAGAUGAAACGAUACAUUGAUGGAAUUGCGGCAAAAGAAUCAGUGCAACCUAAUACACUAUCAUUUCAUCACGUUCGUUACGAGACUGCCCGUGAAGCUGCACGUCUGUUCAACUUGUAUGUAAGAGCAGCCCCCGCUAUCCUCCAAGAUAUGAGGGAGAAGGAUGCUUCUGUAGUUCGUAAGCUAGCAAAGGUUUUGACAAUGCUGACAAUUGAAACAACUGCGAGAGACGGAAUCGAUCGAAAUCCUUUCUCCUUCCCAACAUUGAAAAGGUCAUAUGCCAAGCUUCUGAAUAUGCGGAUAGAUAUGGAAGACAGCAAGGGGGUGCAGCGAGCGACUGAAAUGCCCUUUCAAAGCUUCGACGCUUCUAAAUGGACACUGCAUCAUCUUACAUCCGAACCCAGUACACCCACGCUCACUCAAAUCAUAGGAAGCGUCGAGGAUGAACAGCACUAUUCGAGUACUGAAACGCUUGCGCCCCACAAGAAAGGCCAGCGGGCGGCGGUGGACAUGAGACCACCUGGGACGGCAUUACCAGCAUUACCAAGGAAUCGGGGCAGUACAGAAAAGUUAAGGUUGGGCGACGAAGAAAAUGCGCGACAGAGACCCCCAGCUUUGGAACUUCAUUCCGCUAACGCUCCCAGUACCACACGACCACCGCCCCGAUCGACACCAACCACAAUCACUCCUUCAAGCGCAACGUUUGCUUCUCACUUGGAGGAUUUAGAUCUCACAUUGGAACGAUUAACCCCGUUGGUGACGAAUGCAAGUGAAAGCUGCGAACCUGAGACAACCGACGCGGGAGCCUUGGCGGUGCCUGUCACACCGUCAUCAAAUGCUCAGGCACCGAUACCGGAAGCUAUAGAUCCUAAUGCAUCCAGAAAAUCCAGUUUGGCCACUACUAUUGAGACUACCCUGUCGAGUGCCUAUUCCUCUGCCCAUUCCUCCGUUGCUCGUCGUAACCCUCGAUCCCGUUCCUCUGUCCCCACUCUGACAGGCAUAACGGCGCCUGGGCAACCAAAAAUUGACAGCUUGGCUAUUAUGGCACUGCUGUCAAACGCUCGAGAUGUUGCCAUCCAGCAAUCUGAGCAGACCCUUGCAACACAGGGUGAGUGUGUUGCAUGCAAGAAAAACGUGAUCGGUAACGACUAUAAGCGCGUGAAUGGGCAACUUUGGCAUACGGAGCACUUUACCUGUGCAAAAUGCGGUGUGCUGAUAGCUAACGAGAAGGACGCUAAAAUGUUCAAAGGUGCCCCUUAUUGUCCGGCGCAUGAGAUUAAACCAUGUGCAACAUGUGGAGAGGGAAUAGCGGAUCUUACAACUCCAAUGGUUUCCGUUCUUGGCAAAACUUAUCAUCCUGAUUGUUUCGUUUGCGCUGCGUGUGGUUGUCCAGUCAAGGAAGGGUUUGUUGCAUUUGCAGGACAUCCAUUCUGUCGAGAGGAUUACUACCGACAAGCUGACCUCAUGUGCGGUGUCUGCGGGGAUACGAUACCCAAUGCAUACGUUGAGAUUGCAGGUCGCAAAUACCAUGUUGACUGCAAGCGAUGUGAUCGGUGUGAGCUACCGCUCGCCAACAAGCCGUACUUUAUCCUGGAAGAUAACGUCUAUUGCAACAGUCACAUGCAUGAAAUGCUGAAAUGCAAAGGAUGCGGGGAGAUUGCGACAGGGAAUACAGGGCAGAUAGUUCGUCUAUCAUCAAACCAGACUUAUCACCCUGGCUGUUUCCGCUGUACAGAUUGUGGACGGGCAUUAGGAUCUGGGUUUUAUGAGUUCCGGGGGAACCCAAAAUGUUAUGUGUGCUAUUUAGGAUCAUUUUAGUGCAAUUAGAAUAUUAUUAUUGUAUCAUUGUAAA